GUCUGCGAGCGCGCCCGCGUGCAGCAGCGGCUUUGAACGGGGGGAGUCUGGACACCCUCUCCGCUUCCUCCGCCGCUUCUCCAUGAGCCGUCUGCCAAAUGGAGGCAGAGGUGUUGAACCCGCGCGCGAUGGCAGACGUCAACGGCAACAACAGCAACAAGACGUCCAGCGCGGAGCUCGAGGUGCUCAAGCUGCAGGAAUUGGUGCGGAAAUUGGAGCGGCAGAACGAACAAUUGCGGACCAGGGCGAACGCGGCGCACGCUCGCCCCGUCGGCCCUCCUCAUCUCCAGACCUCGCUGUCGGGUCUGCGCGGCGGUAACGCGUGCGCGAGCGACCACGUCCCCGGACAAUAUGGCACCCCGAGUCCCCCCGGGGCCCCCGGAGCGACCGAGGAGCCCUUCGCGUAUUUUCAGCCGAGCUCCGCGUGUCUUGGCGCCGCUGAGGAGGACACCGCCACCGUCAUGGAUGAGGUGGAUGUUUUGGACCUGGACGCCGCGCUCCCCAUCGGGCAGCCCGAUAGCUGGCUGUACGUGAGUCCCAAAGCCAAGUUUAUGGGCGAGUGUCUCCUCAGCCCUCUCCAGUGGUGCAGGCAGGUACUGGACCACCCGGGGCCCGAGGUGGAGCUGGCCAAGAUGACCCUCUGCCACAGGCUGGACCAAGCUAAGCGCUGGCGAGGACGCUCCUCGGUCCGUUCAUACAGCUGCAUAGAGGGACUGUCCUCCCUCAGCUGCCCCGUGCUGCCUUACACGAAGCCCGCUGCCCCGACCGAGGCCCCAGCUCCGUUGCCCUCAUGCGCUCAGUCUUUUCUGCAGCCUCUCAGGGCCGGCCUCAGUGACCGAGCGCCCACCUUCCUGUCAAACGCCACUCUCCACAACGUGGGCCGCCGACACGCAGCCAUCAGCCCCCAGUCUUCCCUGGACAGUGAGGCGGGUGCGUCAGAGCUGGAGGACGACUCCAUCUCAAUGAGCUACAAACUGCAGGACAUGAUGGACGUGGAGGUCAUGGCCCGACUUCAGGAGCAGAGUCUCCGCCAGGACUACGCCUCCACCUCGAACACGGCCACAGCCAGCCGGCGUAGAUCCAGCUUCUCCUUGCACUCCCUCCGGCGCAGCGAGAUGGAUCUGGACGAGGAGGACGAGGAGGAGGAGGACGAGGGUUACGACCAGCUGCCGCCUCCGCAGCCUCGUCUGUUUGGCGCAGGCUCUAUGCAGCGCGGCGGCCUGCCCCACUCUCACACCUUCUCCAGUAUCAGAGACUGCAGACGCGGCCCAAUCGCACCCCAGUUCUCCCUCAGCGGACUCUCCCAGUACUCGGCCCCGCUCAGCCUGACCAUGGAAGCACACACGACAUACAGGAGCAGCACAGACAAGCUACGGAGAAGCAUGCCCAACCUGCUCCGAGCUCCCAGCAUGCCCAGUGUUCCCAGCACCCCAUGCCUGGCUUCCCCUGUCAACCCGCCCUCCCACGGCCCCUCCUCCUUGCCAACGGUAUCUUCCCUGCGAAGCAGCCAGAGCUUUGACUCCUCCAGUGGGCUUGCACGACUCCAGUCCUCCAUUCCCUCCCCAGGCCAGCUCAGCCAGCGGGUCCUGAGCGUGGGGAACUUCCCCACCACUCCCCGACACCCGCUCAAAGCCACGGCCUACGUGAGUCCCACGGUGCAGCAGGGCCCCCCCUCCAUGUCCGCCUCCAUCAGUCUACACUCCAUCCCCGGCAGCGCGGCAGCUCCGCAGCCUCUCAAGCCCAGCAGCGGCUUGGUGCAACAGCCCCCGAAAGCUGUCUGCAGCCAGCCGGCCGUCACGCGCAGCUCGCUGCCGCGCCCGGCCUCCUUCGUGGGAAUGAGUGGAGUUCCACGUGCGAGCAAAAUCUCCCAACCCACACGCAGUUUGCUGACCCCUCCAAAGAGCCUGGCGGCCCUGACGGCCCUGAGGGACGGCAGCUGGAAAGACGGCUGCUACUGAACCCAAAGUGGACGGAUGUGCAGGAGGGAGGUCGUUGUCAGGAGGGUCCGGUCUUGGGCAAAUGACACUGCUCUUCACUGGUGCACUGAGAAGCGUCCCGGUCCAGCAGGCUGGACCUCCACCUCACUACCUGCUGAAACACAUUCUGACACGCCACUGAACAACCGAGCAAUACUCUGAUAAUCACUUACUCCGUGUCAACUGUCUUUGUUUUUUGUCAUUGUUGAUAGUUACACUGAAGCUUAGGGAAAAGACAACCCACGCUUUUGUACGUGCUUUUAAUUAUUUUAUACGACUAAUUUAGCAACUAUUGAUUUUCUUGUCAGACCGUGGUGUUGGAUGUGAAGUUGAACCUGGGAUUUUGUUACAUCCUGUGCCUGUUAAAAGUAGUGUAUCUCUUAUUGUAUUCAUUGGCUGGACCUCGCAGCACUUUCGAUCAGAACUAUGAUUAACACAUUAAAGUUUCCUAAGUGAAGUCUGAUAUCGGUUAAAUUGAGUGAGCACACAUUAUCUUUUCUUUUGCUUGUUGUUUACAUAAGAGCUGAGAUUUGUAAUGAUCUUUGAUAAACAUAAUAGCUGCAAUGAUGUUGCACAGAGAGCCCUGAUGCUUUUUAUUGAUGAUACGACUGUAAAGAGGAGAGUUUUUAAAGUGAAUAAAACAAUUUCAAAAAUA